AUGGAGUUCUACAAUUCUCCCAGUAAUGUGACUGAAUUUAUUCUCUUGGGUUUCACACAGAAUCCACGCUUGCAGAAAGUACUGUUCAUUGUCUUUUUGUUUGUUUUCCUUUUUACAGUGUUAGCUAAUCUGCUCAUUGUCCUCACCAUUUCCUUCAGCCCUACCCAUUCAGCACCUAUGUACUUCUUUCUCACUUACUUGUCCUUCAUAGAUGCCUUCUACACCUCUGUCACCACCCCCAAAAUGAUAAUUGAUCUGCUCUACCAGAGGAAAACAAUAUCCUUGGCUGGCUGUCUGACCCAGCUCUUUGUGGAACACAUUUUGGGAGGAUCAGAGAUUAUCCUUCUCAUUGUUAUGGCAUAUGACCGCUACGUGGCCAUAUGCAAACCUCUGCAUUACAUGACUAUUAUGCGGCAAGGCCUCUGCAGACUACUGGUGAUGGUAGCCUUGAUUGGAGGGAUCCUGCAUGCCACCAUGCAAAUAUUUUUUAUGAUCAAUCUGCCAUUCUGUGGUCCCAAUAUCAUUGAUCACUUCAUGUGUGAUCUCUUCCCAUUGUUGAAACUUGCCUGCAGAGACACACACAGACUGGGCAUCAUAGUGGCUGCUAACAGUGGGGCUAUGUGUUUGCUCAUAUUUAUGAUGCUUCUCAUCUCAUACAUAGUCAUCCUGCAAUCCUUGAAAUCACAUAGUUCUGAAGGCAGGCACAAAGCCCUCUCCACCUGUGGCUCUCACUUCACUGUGGUUGUUCUCUUCUUUGUGCCUUGCAUAUUUACCUACAUGCGUCCUGUGACCACCUACCCUGUGGACAAACUGGUGACUGUGUUCUUUGCAAUCCUUACUCCCAUGUUAAAUCCCAUCAUUUAUACAGCAAGAAACACAGAGGUAAAGAAAACCAUGAAGAGUUUGUUGAAGAGGAGUGUGACUUAG